AGUGUUCACGGGACAAAUCAAUCGAGAAGUCUGUACGUUAGCGAGAAAGAGAGGACAAGAAUAAAAAAAUCGCGUGGUCAGGGAGCUGGGUAGGCAGCCUCUGAAGUACAUACAUACAGCGUGAAUAAAACGUCCCCUUUGACAUUGUUUGAUGAUACAUCUAACAAAGCGACAAUUAGUGGACAAGUGCAUCGGCUCCCGGAUUCACAUUAUCAUGAAAAAUGAUAAAGAAAUUGUGGGCACGUUACAGGGAUUUGAUGAUUUUGUAAACAUGUUAUUGGAUGAUGUGACUGAGAGCGAAGCAACGCCCGAGGGACGCAGAGUCACAAAAUUGGAUCAAAUCCUCCUUAAUGGGAACAACAUUACGAUGUUGGUGCCUGGAGGUGAUAUGCCAGACACAUAAUUUCACUCCACUGUGAUUUAAUGUAUAAUACUUUUGACAUUUACUGCAAUACGAUUGUAAAAAUUUAUUCAAAUAACAAUAAUUUUCUUUUGUAAACA